GGUGCUUAGCCUGGGAUUGAUUCCGGUCCUUGUCAACUCCAAAGCUCGACUUUAAGGAGACGCGAAACCGCAGCAACUUUGCGCACACGACCAUCUUCGAUCCGGCACGCAAUUCUCCAGGCGCGACGAUCAUCUUCGAACCGAGCUUCACACAACGACAGUCCUCGAGCGGAAUCGCGUCGACUCUACCAUCAGACAACCAAACACCCACCCAUCAAUCAGAAAACAUGGCGGACAAGCCGGCAGAGAUCGCAGCGGCGAGGGAGAAGCUUGAGGCGCAGAUCAAAUCCGCAGACAUGACGGAUGAUAUGCAGCAGGAGUGCAUAGAAGUUGCUCAGGAGGCCAUGGCCAAGUUCACCAUUGAAAAGGACAUUGCACAGCACAUCAAGCGAACAUUUGACGAGCGAAAGGGCCCAACCUGGCACUGCAUUGUUGGCCGCAACUUUGGCAGCUUCGUAACUCAUGAGACUAAGCACUUCAUAUACUUUUAUCUCGGCCACUGCGCCAUCCUGCUCUUCAAGACGCAGUAAAUCCUGGGGCGAGGAAUUCACGGGAUAGAGUAUGUAUGACACUUGCGAGAGUUGCGAACCAUGGCUAUUCUUAUUUGAGGGGAGGCGUCAUCAACAUGGGGGA